CGAAAAUUCAAUCGAUCUACAAAAGAAAUAUGAACAUUUAAAUGACACAUUUAUAGCCAUUUUUUGUUGUUUAAAAGAUUAAUGAGGAUUGUGUGCUGCAUUGUUUACAGUUGAAAUACUUUAUCCCCUUCUUGGCACUGGGGUCAUACAUGGUCAACAAUAGUUGCUAGGGUGCAAAAAGACGCAAUAUCCACUCUCAGGUAAUGAACGUUUUACCUGUCUGUGUGUCGCUCAAACAAUAGAUGUGUAUUCGGGAUGGAUAAGAUUUCAUUUAAACCAACUGUAUGGUGAAAACAUCCUGGAGUUGCUUUUUAUUUCAUUAUUUAAAUCUAUUGUAAAUGUUAUGAUUUGGAAUAGUAGCAACACGUAAAAUGCUACUUUAUAUUUUCUGGAUAUAUUAAAAUAUGUGCAAUAUAUUUAAAUCUACUUGUGUGAUUUAUAGUUAAAAAAAAAGUCAGGAAUAUAAUGUCUGAGGGGCCAGAACUUCGUGGUGAGGGCCUUGGAAGACCCUAUACAUCUGGGACCUUUCAAUCAAAACUAGAUCAGUUUGCGGAAUUUAUAAACAGUGUGACUUUCCAAGAUGUUGAAGCGACACCAGAAGAAAGAAGGCAGAUGAUUACAGAGUCAUUGCGCUUUGAUCAGUUUUGUGACAGAAUAAGACAGCUGUUUGGAUCGGAUAUAAAAAAUACAGAUUUAAAAGCAAUAUAUAGAAAAAUAUCUACAAAUCCUGAUGCUAAAGUUGAUUGGAGCGAGCUUUUUGGAUAUUUCCAAUCUAAUAAUGAUGAUGAAGAAAUUGUUGUUGGUGAAGAGGUCAAUGUAUUCACAGUGUCAAAAAGGAGGAGGGUUGGAGAGGCAGCUGGUGACAAGACAAGGAGAGAUACUGUACAGUGUUUGAGAUACAUACCUUCACAAGAUGGUUAUAUAUCAGCCUCACAGAAGGGAGCCAUUUGUAUAUGGAACAAUAAGCUUAGAUUACAGAGCUGUAUAGAUAUUAAUGAACCAGCAUGGGUGACGGGAUGUGAAUAUUUGCCGUCCAUUCGUAAGGCUGUUUGUUGUACAGAACGUAGUAUAUGUGUGUGGGACAACAGAUCAAAAGGAAAAAAUCAGCAUGUAUUUGUUAUCAAGCCAUUUGAGAAUUCACCACAAUGUAUAUCAUAUGUGCCAAACCCUGAAGGAACUUUAGAUGACAUAGUGUUAUUCGGAGAUGACCAGGGCUAUCUUAAUGUACUAAAACUAGUUGCCAAAGAUCUUACUCCAAAAAAUUCCAAAGAUAGUGACAAACGCCAAACACAAAUACCUACGAAUAUUACGAUAGCUCCAGAUCAACUUACACACAAAAUUAUAAGAAGAAAAUUGCACAAUGAUUAUGUCUUACAAGUAAAAUAUUUUCCCGAGUUACGAUGUUUUGCGUCAUGUUCACCACACAGUAAGAAAUCUUUCGUGUUAGAGGAAGUGGACCGACUUUAUGAUGAUGGUGAGGUGAGAGAUGUAGCCAUUCCUAAAGGUGUAAAUUGUUUUGAAUAUUGUACCAAAGCCAAUAUUAUUGCCACAGGCGGUGUAGACAAAGUAAUCAGAGUAUGGCACCCACAUAUAUUUUCAAGACCAACAGGGAAAUUGUUGGGACAUUUAUUUACAAUAGUAGACAUAGCCUGUAAUGAGAAAGACCAGCAUUUGAUUAGUCUGUCCACAGCCAGAGUAUUCAGAGUGUGGGAUAUACAUACAUUAACUUGCCUGCAGGUGUUUACAGACAACGAAGAGAGACCAGGUGAAAAAAGAAUAUACUCAAUGAUAUUUGAUAACAAACAUGAAAGAUUAUUAACAGGUUCUAGUGUAAUAGAUUCCUGGCCAUUAACUAGAGCUGUCCAGGACACUAUGCAAGUACCCCAUACACACGAUAGACCAGUUAGUUCAAUACUAUAUAACAGAGAACUUGGCCAAAUAGUCACAAUAUGCACAGAAUCUGUUAUAAAGGUAUGGGAAUAUGAGUCAGGAAAACGUGUCUAUACAAUAACAGAUGCACAUGGUCCUAAUGUGGAAGUGACAGCAUGUUGUUUAGACUCAUCAGGGUACAGACUGGCCACAGGAGGGUUUGAUGGCUCCAUCAAAGUGUGGGAUUUUGGUUCUGGACAGGAACUGAAACAUAAGUCUGGUAGACAGUCUGAUGAAGAUCUCAGUAUUGUAGGCAUGAAAUACUGGAAUCUAGACAAGGAUAGAGUCAUCCUUACUGCAGGCUGGAAUAAUAAAAUUAGAAUGAUUUUGGAUAAUAAUGAGAGUUAUGAUUUACCAGUUGUACGAGAAUUUAGUGAUGUGUAUUUCUUUACCAAAGAUAUUGACGUUAGUGCUUCAUUGAGUGAUCCCUUCACAGCAGAUCCACUGCCGGAUAUAGGACAGAAUUCAAAUGUAUCUAAAUCUUCCAAGAAAAAUUCUAUUAUGUCUAAUAAUAUAUUUAAAAAGGAUUAUUUAUUAACAACAAAUGAGAUGUCAACAAUAGAGACGUUUUCACAAAAUACUCUGUAUACUGGUUGUAGCAAUGGUAAACUGAUUACAUGGGACAUAGAGAAAUCUAGUGUUGAUAAAAUACAUGAAAUACAAGAUCAAGAGGAAACCUCUUCUCCACCAACGAGUCGACACAGAUCAAGACAAGGAGGGGAAAAGAAAAUUAAUCAAAUCAAAUUUCUAAUACAUCAAGAAAAGAAACUUAGUCCAGAAUAUUUAAAAAAGACAAAAGUUGAUGAUGAAACAGAACGAGAAGGAGCAGGUUCUCAAAUGUCACACAAAUCUAAAACUUCCAGAAUAGGAUCAAGAUUAGGUUCUAGAGUAGGAUCACGACUCUCACACCAUUCCAAUGCACCACCUAAGCCGCCAGAUGAAAAGGAACAAAAAGAACAGAAAGAUUUUGUAGACCAGUUAACAGCCAGAAUAGAAGGUGAAGACCCUGAGAAAGAAGGACCAGUAGAGGAAAAAGACAAAGAUGAAGAGGAAGAAAAGAAAGAUCAUGAGAAACCAGACAUAGAACUGAAUUUACAUGAGGAUGAUGAGGAGGAGGAAGAGGAAGAAUGGACUGAAGAGAGAAAAUGGGUGGAAGAAACUUAUGAUCCUAUCAUUGUCACAGCUCAUCAAGAUUCUUAUAUCAGAUUCUGGAAUAUGGAGGGUCAGGUAUUACGUGAAGUGUCUGCUGUUACAAGACGACAAGGAACUCCUGUUACUGCCCUGUGUCAUGAUGAACGCUGUAACAUACUCAUAUCUGGUGAUUCAAAGGGAUAUUUAACUUUAUGGAGUAUAGGAAAAUUCUUGAGAGACACACAGUCAAAUGAUCCUAGUGCAAUAAAACAAGUGAUCAGCUGGAGAGCUCAUCUUGUGAAAGUUGUUUCCCUUGUUUAUAUUAACUCAUUAAAGUGCAUUCUGUCAGGAUCUACAGAUGGAUCAGUCAGAGUAUGGUGGGGUUACAAAGGUAGAUUUGUAGGUUUCUAUGGUCAGCAUAGAGCGUUUGUAUUCCCAGAACGUGAAGAAACAGCUGGUCCUCCGACACUUCCUUACGAUAUAACUGAGGGACCAUUAGCUCCAGUUCAAGAGAAAAGUGCUAAACAAACCAUAAGAACUGUACAGAAAUAUGAAUAUCCACUUAUAUUUGAUAAUGAGAAGUGGACACCAUUUAGAAGAUCAGCAUACAUAAGACAAUCAGAGGCCCCUCCUCCAAAGAAAAAACCUUUUAGCUAUGAAAUAGAUAAAAAGUUCUUUGGAGCUUUGAUUAAACCUAAGGAUAAUUUAAACAGAUUUUUAGAACUACAUAAGAAGGCAUAUAAUCAUCAUCUAGAAAGCAUAAUAACAGGAGAUAAGAAUCAAGGAGCUGUGUUUAGAGCUUUACCGGUAUACAGGGUAAAAACACCAAAGAAAAUAAAGGAGCCAGAGUUAGCAUUUAAGCUACCUCAUAACAAUGAAGCCUCCAGUAUUAUGUUUGGUGGAGCAAGCAAGUUAAUUAUGCAAACCAAAGCAGCUGGACGUCGUGUAAGAAAAAGAGGUAGUGCUAUGGACAGAUCUGUUGGCAGUGUAUCAUUGUCGUCUGCCAAUUUUUCAUCAAGAAUACAAUCUAGACAGUCAAUUUUACCAACGCCAAGAUCCAUGAGUAAAAUGAGCAAGCUAAGCUCAUUAACAUCAUAGUAGAGCAUGCAGAAUCGUUUUAGGACAAUUUGGAAUUAAAUUGAUUGAAUUUGAUUUAAUUCUGUAACUCAGUAGCUCAAAUAACCAGACAAUUGUGUUAAUGUUUUUCCCAUUCUAUGCAUCAUAUGAAAUUUUAACUUUCCAUCUAGAUACUAUCAUACAAGUCAACAUUUGAUGUUGGUGGACUUUGAACCAGUGUUAACAGGCAAUGUCAAAAUUGGAAAUUUGUUAAUUUAGAAAUUGAAUGAAAGAGAUAAACAUCAUAAUAAUUUUAAAAACUUGUAUUUUAUUUUUAUUUCUAAAUUAACCAAUUUUCCAACAUAUAGAUAAAUUAUUUUAAUGAUUUUUAUACAUCAGCAGCUUGUAUUACUUUAAUAUUACUUAAUUCAUAAUUUCAGAGACAUAUAUAUAUAUAUAUAUAUAUAUGUCUCUGAUAAUUUACAGUAUUGUAGAUAAAACAAAUAAUUACAGCAAGCAGUAUUAUAAAAUGAAAUCAGCAUUUUUGCAAUAUUAAAAGUUGCAUUAAAAUUAAUUUUGUAAACUGAUGGAAUGUUAUCUAUAACUGGUAUCCCCAUUACUAGUAAAGAGAGGACAGCAAUUGACAAUUAAUUGUACAGGUACCAGUUUUAUUUUAGGUGUCCUCCUUGUGGUCUUGUUCCAACCAAUGCUUCUUUCUUUAGAGACAUCAUAACUUAUGAUUAAACUUUUUUAACAAUUUACAUUAAUGAUAUUUUGUAUUCUAUGCUGAACACUAGAAAAAAGGGCUUUGCCAAUUCUUGCUUUUUUGCUUUUUCAAAAUUUCACUGCAGCCAAUGUAAUAAUGAGUUUUAACAUUUGUAUCAUAUUGAAAGUAAAAUCUUACAUCUAAACUUUUUAUGAUAUAUGAAGGCCAGUCUGAGUCAGUAAUGCAAGAUAUAUAGAUAUAUUAUUUUUUAUUGGUGAUUUUGUAUCUUAACUUUUUUCAUACAGUUACCUUUUUGAAAUUAAAAAUUAGAUUAAGAAAGCAAUUAAGGCUGUGAGCAUUACAGUUUACAUUUAUACUUUGAUAUGAUUUCAAUUUUUUAAUCAUGUUUAUUUUUUAUUUUGUUCCUCAUUUGUUUAACAUGUAAUGAAUUUGUAAGCAGAAGACAAACUGCUGGUAAAUUCUAGAUUUUAUUUUGUUACCUGUGAUAUUUUAGAAAGUCUGUGAUAAAAUAUUUUUUUAUGAAUAAACAAAGAAAUAUG